AUGGCGCAAUUUGAGACGGAUUUCUUGUCUAUGCAUAAUGCUUAUCGCAAGCGACAUGGCUCGCCUCCUCUUCAGCUCAGCAGGGAACUCUGUAAUUCAGCACAAAGAUGGGCAAAUUAUCUGCUGUCCAUCAGAACUAUGAAGCACAGCAAGUGGGGAUAUGGAGAAAACAUUUACUAUUGCUCCGGCCAUAAGGAACUAAAAGGUCGAAAGCCUGUCGAUAGAUGGUACGAUGAGAUUCAGUACUAUAACUACAGCCGGCCAGGAUUUGCGAUGAAUACAGGUCACUUCACCCAGGUGGUCUGGAAGGACAGCAAACAGCUGGGAGUUGGAGUAGCCACCGAUGGCAGAGGGACGUUCUAUGUUGUUGGACAAUACAGCCCAGCAGGGAAUAGGAACUGCCCUGGGCUUAUCCACGAGCAUUAUUUUACUACAUUGGAACCAGCACUGCCUUUUAACAUCACACUGAGUGUAGAGGCUAUAUUGGAGCUGGGAAAAGCUUUUAUUUCGAAUACUGCAGUGUUGUACAACUUCUUUGAAUCCUGUUUGUGGCAGCCGGCUGGAACAUCGAGCGGCUUGGAGAACACGGGAGAAGUUGGGCAACUUUACCUUGAAUCUUGUAAGAACACGUGCGCUGGUUCUGACCUACAUUGA